AUGAAAGGCGACGCUGUGCAGAUGCAGGCCGCCGUGGUGACACCUGUGGAGAAACGGGACGGAGGAGGCGGGGCUAAUGGAGCGGGUGGGGCUGGAGGGCGGGAUUUGGAGAGUCAGGAGGAGUCGGUCAGCGAGGGAUCUAUAGACCGCAUCCCGCUGCGUCAGUGGAUCAUGCAUGGCGCCGUCAUGUUCGGACGAGAGUUCUGCUACGCCAUGGAGACGGCGCUGGUCACGCCUGUACUGCUGCAGAUAGGUCUUCCAGAGCAAUACUACAGCCUGACGUGGUUCCUGAGCCCCAUCCUGGGUCUGAUCUUCACCCCUCUGAUCGGCUCGGCCAGUGACCGCUGCACGCUGCGCUGGGGCCGCAGACGGCCCUUCAUCCUGGCGCUGUGUGUGGGCGUCCUGCUGGGCGUCGCGCUCUUCCUCAACGGCUCGCUGAUAGGUCUUGCUUUAGGAGACGUGCCAAAUAACCAGCCCAUAGGAAUCGUGAUGACGGUUUUGGGGGUGGUGGUGCUGGAUUUCUCUGCGGAUGCGACAGAGGGUCCCAUACGAGCAUAUCUGCUGGACGUGGCCGACACUGAGGAACAGGACAUGGCCCUCAACAUCCACGCCUUCUCUGCAGGGCUCGGAGGGGCGGUCGGUUAUGCCCUUGGUGGUCUUGACUGGACGCACACCUUCUUGGGUCGAACCUUCAAGUCUCAAGAGCAAAUUCUGUUCUUAUUUGCCGCGGUACUGUUCACGGUUUCCGUGGCUCUGCACCUCUUCAGUAUUGAAGAGCAACAGUUCAGCCCUCAACAGGACCGUCUGGAUGAAGGGGCAGAAACCGAAUCCAGUGUUAAAAUCACCCCACACCAACCCCAGCUCGAAAUGAUCCACGAAGACGAGUCCUACGAGCAUUACGACCUCUACGCAGACCGGCAAUCGGAGCGAGAGCUGGACAUGGAUUUCUUAGACGUGGACAUCGUUCGAAGUAAAAGCGACUCCGUUUUGGCGAUGGCCGACACUACGCUGGACCACCACGACAUGCUGUUUCUGCGUGAAAUCGAGCCGUCUAUCUUCCAAGAUCGCAUUUCUUCCUAUCACGGGUCACUGCCGCGGCGCCGCAGCAGUGUGGAGAGUCAGGAGUUCCUGCGUGGAAAAUUCAGCCGACUAUCUGCGUUUCUACAGCAGGCCGAAUGUGACGGAGAAGAAGCUCUGCUCGACAGUCAGCUCAACCAAUCCAAAGAGGCCAACGGACAUACGACGGACCUGAAUGGCCACGGGCCGCCCGGUAUCAAACCCUCCAGCACCACCGCAUCCAUGCGCCGCAGACGCCACACCUUCUACCGACAGUCAUCCUGCACGUUUUCCUACUACGGCCGGGUCGGAUCCCACCGCUACCGCUACCGGCGCGCCAACGCCGCGUUCCUCAUCAAACCGUCACGCAGCAUGAACGACAUAUACGAGAUAGAGAAGCGGCAGAAGCAGAGGAACGGACAGAGAGCGAGGCACCAGAGCGGGAACACCAACUCCAGCGGGGACACGGAGAGCGAGGAGGGCGAGGCCGAGACCACCGUCCGACUGCUCUGGAUGUCCAUGCUGAAGAUGCCCAAAGAGCUGUUCAGACUGUGCGUGUGUCACCUGGUCACGUGGUUCUCCAUCAUCGCAGAGGCUGUGUUUUACACUGACUUCAUGGGGCAGGUCAUCUACGAGGGCGACCCUACGCAUCCAUAUGAAAAGCUCGUGGAUCAUGGUCUCAGAUUGGUGUUGAAUGAAUACAUUGAUCGCCUGUACUGA